UGUGGAUCAUCAAAUUUACUAAUAGUGUUCUUUGUUGAGGGCAUCAAUUACAUUGUGAAAACAACAAUCAACAAAAUGGAAAACACAGGGUUCCAGUCGUACAUUAAUAUAGACCAAACAAACGAUACGUAGACGGGAAAUCUACGCUCCAUACAUCCAGGUCACAAAGCACGUGGAUCAUUGCAUUUACUAAGAGUGAACUUUAUUGGGAACAUAAAUUAUAUUGUGAAGACAACAAUCAACAAAAUGGAAAACCCAGGGUUGCAGUUACACAAUGAUAUAGACCAAAAAAGCGAUAUUUUUAGGAUGCCGUCGACAUGGUGGACAUGCUGGAGGAGUCGAACAUUUAAGGAACGGAUACAAAUAAUAUUGCUGAUUGUUGCAGUCAUUGCAGUUAUUGGCUUGGCAGUAGGUAUUAGUAUAGUAAAUGUGAAGGCGAAUUCACGCAGUGGCACAGAUGCAGUUUCAGAUAAAGUUUGCGACUUACCAUCAUGUAACCAUGCCGCCUCAGAGAUCCUAAAAAAUAUGAAUACAUCUGUUGACCCUUGUGAUAACUUCUAUAAAUUUGCCUGUGGUGGAUUUAUGAAACCAACUUUCAUUUCCGAUCACUCAACUAAGGUAUAUGAGCCACAUAUGAGAUAUGAUUCAUUCAGUGCCGGUGAAGAUGUAAUUUUAAACCAAUUAAGAAGAAGUAUAGAAAAUCUAAUUUCAACGAAUAUUCCUUAUGCAUUCAGGCUUGUAAAAACUCUCUACAAGAGCUGUAUGGAUAAACCUGUUAUUGAAGAACAAGGACUUACUCAUUUGUUGAGUAUAAUAAAAAAACUCGGAGGAUGGCCGGUACUGGAAGGAGAUACAUGGAACGAUCAUGAAUCUGAUUGGACGACAAUUGUCUUCAAACUCCGUGAGCUCGGUUAUGAUUCUAAUAAUCUAAUAGACUUUUCCAUUAAUGUAGAUCCCAAAAACAGUUCAAAGCGUGUUAUAUAUCUAGACGAUCCUAUACAUGAUGAAAGACGUUUUCCCUUAAUAUUAGGAUUCCGCGAGAAUAUUUCUAAAGAAUAUUACCGUUACAUGUUUGAUACUGCGGUAAUUCUUGGUGCUGAACGUAAACGCGCUCAAUAUGAACUUAUGGAUGCUUUUGAAUUUGAAAGGAAACUUGCCCAAAUGAGUAUGUCGGAAAUUUGGCGGGAAAACAACGCAACUUCCAUGUACAACCCAAUCACAGUAGCUGAAUUAUUAAAUAAUCAUUCUAGUAUCCCUUGGAAGGAAUAUUUCAAUAGAUUUCUCGCACCUUAUUACAAAUUCGAUGAUAUCGAUGUAGUGAUGGUUAGGAGUCCGUACUUCUUUUCAGACUUUGAACAACUGAUUAAGUCAACUCCAAAGAGAGUGCAAGCUAAUUAUCUAAUAUGGCAUACUGUUGUUUCAUCUGUAAAGUACUUAAAUGAUGGCAUUCGUGAAAGACAAAUUAAAUAUAAUAAAUAUUUAUAUGGUGAAACGGAAGGAAGACCUCGAUGGAAAGAGUGCGUUGAAACUGUCUCCAAUACGUUACCAAUCAGCACAGGAGCGAUGUAUGUAAGAGACUAUUUUAGCAAAGACGCCAGAGAAACUGCCAGAAAAAUAACUUUGGAUGUUCGGGAUCAGUUCAUUAAAACAUUGCAAACAGUUGACUGGAUGAAUGAAGAAACUAGGAAACAUGCUUUAGAUAAAGCUGAAUCUAUAACUAUCAACAUUGGGUAUCCUGACGAAUUUUUGAAUGACACUAAAUUAGAUGAAUUUUAUGGGAGUCUCAAACUUGAUGAAAAUGCUUCUUACUUAGAAAAUACAUUAACUUCGUUAUUAUAUGAAACAGAAUACACCAUUAGUGAGUUGAAAAAUCCCGUAAAUAAGAGUGAUUGGGUAAGAUUUGACAAAGUAGUUAAUGUUGAUGCAUACAUUUCAUUACUGGGAAACUCUUUUUAUUUCCCAGUUGGAAUUCUUCAAGGCAAUCUUUUUAAUAAAGACCUUCCAAAAUACUUGAAUUAUGGGGGCAUUGGGUUCAUAGUCGGUCAUGAAAUUAUUCACGGCUUUGACGAUCAAGGAAAUCAGUAUGAUAAAAAUGGUAAUCUAGCUGGUUGGUGGGAUCCAUCAACAAAUGAAAAAUACAUAGAUAAGGUCUUAGAUCUAAUCACUCUAUAUAAAAUUUACGGUAGCAAGGCAUCAAUGACCUACUAUAGUGAAUUUUAUUGUUACCGCGAAAAUACUGCUGACAAUGAAGGUAUAAAACUAGCAUAUUCAGCGUACAGAGAUUGGGCUGAUCAACAUGAAGCAGAACCAAAACUUCCUGGACUUCCUUAUUCACCGAAACAAAUGUUUUGGAUUAAUGCAGCAAAAACAUGGUGUUCUGGAUACCGUCCUGAAUUAGCAUCACUGAUUACUUUAUUUAGCAUGAAGUUUCCAAUAGAAUACCGUGUCGAUGGACCACUGUCUAAUAGCCCAGAUUUCGCUAAAGAUUUCAACUGUCCACUAGAUUCAAACAUGAAUCCGCAGGAAAAAUUUUCAGUGUGGUAAUAUUUUUAACCAGGAAAAAUUCAUUUAUUCUUUUACUUCAUCGGUUUUUUUAUUAUAUCGAGUUCACAGUGGCUAUCAAAUAUCCUAGACAAUUAAUUGCUAUUAUUACCCAAGUGAAAUGUCCAUUGCAAAAGUCUUAGUCUACGAUACUAAAUGAAUAUGUUUGAUAGCAGCAUCAUGACAAUUUUCAGUGUAAAAAAUUUUAUUUUUAUUUUAUUUAUUUUUUAUAUUUUUAUAUUUAUUUUAUUUAUCAAAGUAUGUGGAUCACAUCAUAGACUUUCAAGCAAAUUUGCACCAAUAACCAAUAAGUGGUGGGACGCAACUUCUCCCCAUACCUUAUAAAAACUACUAUCAAUUAUUUCCAAAAGUAAGUAAAUAUUAUUACUUUUAGGUAUACAAAUACGUGACUGAUUAGUGAAAGUUAAUUAAUUUAUGGCAUAAUCUAUUAAAAAGUAAUGAUUGGUCAAAUUAAGAAUUGCUAUCGUAGAUACUGAUU